CCUGCGAUGCUGUCAUCAUAACAGUUUCCUGCGUUUUGGCAUCCCAGCAAUAACGCAGAUAAACCCAAGCAGGCCAUAGAGCGUACAAGCGAGAGCGAGAGCGCACCCGAGAGCGAGUGAGAGCGCAAGCAUCUUGCGACGUCAAUGCUGAGGCUGUCUAGGUGGCUAGAGAUAUCGCAGUCGUCGGCACUGGCAGUUAGUACUUAACGCUGCUCGCGAACAGUUCGCUGGGCGCUCAUCUCAUCUCAGUUCGCGCUACGUCUCGUCUCGUCGUUUGUGUUUUUUGUUUUGUUCUUUGUCGCGCGUCGAGGAAUCUCGAGCACAAGAAUCGAGCGAAAUUAAUGCAGCAACAUUGUUGAGAAUAUUUGGUGUGCGCUGCUUUGAAAGUGUGUUUGGAGCGCAAAGGAAGUGGCUGCACAGUGGAGCAAAACUUGUGUAAAUUUAAAAUUGUAAUGGUUCACUGGCGCGUGCGUGGCAAGAGCGGCUGCGAGGCGCGAUACGAGUAUACGCAGAGCCAGCACGGAUAAAAAGGAUAGGGAUAGCAGCAGCUGCAGUCAAACUAAAUAUUACGCAUACGCACACGCCAAAAGUGCAUUCAACUUUCCGCUUAAGCAUUGCUUCCAACAAUUUCGAUCUCAAAUAAAAACCCAAAACAAUACGCAAAACAAACGAAGCAAAGAGCCAAACGCGUGUGCAAAAAAAAAAAAUACAAAAAUAAUAGAAUAAUUUCUUUUUGUUGCUGUGAGUGUUUGUGCUGCUAACAUAUACAUACAUACAUACAUAUAUAUUAUAUGUAUGUAAACAAAAUUUAUUUGCAACGCAACUAAACAAAGAGAGGCAGAGAGCCAGAGCAGAAGCCAAAAAAUCAACAUGGUGCUGCAGAAUCACAAUACAGUGGUGGCACGCUCAACGUUAACGCCGAACAGCAGCAGCCAGAACUUCAGUUCACAUGCUGCGCCCGCCUUGGGCUUGAGCCGCGGCGGCGCUUUGGGCAACGGCUCUAGCAAUCGACAGCGUCCUAUAUUGGAUUUGCUGGUGGCCAUGGUGGCGGUGCCUGUGCUCAUCCUUUGCGCACUGCAGCUGGAAAAGAAUCUGCAUGUAAUGCAUGAGCCAGACUCGCGUUGGCUGGUGUUUGCCCUGGGCAUUGGCAUGCUGGUGAUCAGCAUCAUCAUCUGUGGCUAUGUCACACAUCGCAUGGGCGUUUGCAUAUGGGCGGGGCCCAUUGAUGAGGCUGGCAAUCGAGCUGGCAACGGAGCACUGCCACACAUAAAUUCCCAAAACGAUGUGCUGCGCAUUGUGGACUCGUUGCCUCCAAGCUAUGAUAGCGUAGUCAAGUGUGAUUUACCGCCGCCAGCUUACGAUUGCAUUGUUAUCGAUAUGGAGCAGGGCAAAGUUAUACAAUCAGCCAGCAACUCCAAGCAGCUGAGCUCCUCAGCCGUUGAAGGCGACGCUGCUGCUGCUGCUGCUUUGUCUGGCGUUACCUUACACAUUUAAGAGGAGAUCCUGACGCGCAGGAGAGGAGAGAGAAUCAAAGAGAUUUUACGCUUGUGGCAUUAGCAUUUUGUUUUGCUUGCAACGCAAAAUCUGCAGUUGACACCCCUUAACUAACGUUUGGCGCCAUUCACCGGACACUAAACAACUAAAAGGCGUUGUAUUUAAUACUAACAUUAAGAGCUUAGAGUAUUUUUAAACCGUUUUUUUUUGUUUUUUUUUUUUUUUGGAACUACUUUAAUAACAAUCAUAAAGAAAUAUAGCUUUUUUUUCUAGUCCAAAGUUGUACAUAAAGAAAGCCAACAUUUAAAGCAGCUAAAGUUAUAUUUGCUUAAUAUUGUUUUCUGUUUUGUUUCUGUUUUAAAUCGAUUAAGUGUGGGUUUCAAAUCAGGUAAUGCCUAGCAAACACAUAUUAGCUUUCUAGACUAUAUAGAACUGUAUGUAUUUAUAUGCCUAAAUAGACACAAGAAGUGCCAAACGUAUAUAGCAUAAGCAUAAGUGUAUACACAUAUAUAUAAAUAUAUAUACGAUAUUUACUAUAUAUAUGAAUGUCUGCUUCUGCAUUCAUCGACUAACGUUAGUGUUUAUUUCCAGAAAUAAAGAAUUCCUAUUAAUUAUUUUAAAUCAA